CGGCGGACAGAGCUGUGUUUCCAGAAAAUGAACCAGCGCAUCCUUCGCCUGGAGCAGAAGCACAUUGUCCAAGGCCCCACAGACGAGCAGCUCGAGCGCGUGCUGCGCAAGAUCUUGUCCGAGAGGUUUUCCCCUCCCGAGACUCGACCAGGCAAGAUGAUGGACCACGGACAGGGCGGCGCCUGGUUUGUCAAAGACCCAAACGAGCACCUCUACCCGAAAUCCAUCAAGAUGGACGUUGCCUCGCUGCUCGUUUCUCCCGAGUCAGUGCCGUCGCGCGCCUAUCUGGAGACGUUCCAGAUGCUAGAAGACGAUGUCAACGACUAUCCCGGAGAUGGCCUGCUUGAUGACGAUGAAGAGGAUAGAAAGAUGCACUUCGACAGCAAUGGCAAUCGACAGUCUCGCAGUGUCUAGUCGGGCACAGGACGCAUCCCCAACUCGCACCCGCCUCCAGAGAGGUCGCCAGCCCUCUGCUGGCGCCUCCUGCCUACGACCCAGACCUUUUGUCUCCGAUACCAGGACUCAUACUCGAACCGCGCAUCUACCCAACAUGAUAUGCCCUCGGAGCUGCCUCGAUACGCCCCGCCGUGGCCAGCAGCAAUGGCCCUCCGCGCAGUGAUAUAACAAGCGACCAUCGCGAAUACCCACGAUAGACUUGGCAUGAUUGCCAUGGUGGAUCCUUGGAGGUUUUCAUGUGUUGUGAGCGUCUCGCGCUCAGUCAAAGGAUACCAGGCCGCUGUCGACACCUCGACGGCGCACCAUAUAGUCUGGUACGCAUUUCGCUAGGACACAAUACCAUGUGGUAUGCCCUCGCAUCUCAUGUACAAGAAAGUUUAUGUAAUACGAUAAUUUCAAGCCUGCC